CACAGCGGUUAUUCCAAUAAUUCAAUAUGGCGGAAAGCGGGUGCACUAAGUUGUUAGUGAGGCACUUGCCUUCUCAGCUGAAUGUGAGCGACAAAACUGACUUACUGAAACAUUUUGGAGCUAAGGAAGUAAUAUGCAUGGAAAGAAGAGGAAAAAUGGUGAGUAUCUGGCUUUUAAUCCGUCAAGGAUCUGUCUCAGUGUCAAUUGAAUUUUCACUAAUUUGCACUAGUUUUGUCAGCUCAUUAAACCUGUACGUUCCUGAUGUUUCUUGAAAAAAGUCAAUGAAUUGGCGUGAUUCUGUUUUGUUAUAUUUCACAAGAUCUGCUUGCGAGUGGUUUAACUUAGUCAAUAGAAACAUUUUCACACAACAGAAGAGCAAGCGUCCUCAACGGAUGGCCCUUGUGUUUAGGUUUCUAGUCAAGAACUCCAAAAUUUGUACACUAGCUGUUUUUUCUGAAGUAACAAAACAUAUUCUUUGGUUGAAAUUAAUUAAUUCUUCUUCGUGGAGGUCUUAUGUGAUAUUUGAAUGAAAAUAUUGCUGGUUUUCACUUGACAUCAAAAUAUUCAAACCACACAAUGAUAUUGUCAGUUCUUCGGAGUUUUUACAUUUAUAAGGUAUUGCUCUACAGCAUGUGCGGCGUAACAAUUUUAUUUUCCAGUUUUUGUCUUGAAAGGGUUUUUGUUCCAUGACAGGCAUAUGCUUGCAUUUCUAAGUGUUUGCAUGACUUGGCAGGAAGUACUAACUUGGGGGUCAUUGAAAGUAGGUCAAAGCUCUUACAAGGAGGAAUUAAAAUUGAAUGUAAAAGCCAUGAAUAGUUAACACCCAUCUUAAAGACGUGAUUGUAGAUAAAGUAUGUGGUGAAAUUCAGCACAAUUUGUAGCCUGAAUAUUCAUAGAUUCUGCUGCAAUUGUGUGGGGGUCACAUUCACAAUUAAUAUUUUGUAGAAUUUAUGGGGAGUUAUUUCUAAAAAGCCAGGAUGAAUUAGCGGGUCGGUUUGAAAAUCUUCUUGGUGUCCCUGUGGGGGAUACCAACGUGGUGUCUCCAUACAAAGUAUAACUAUUAUUUGUGUAAAACAUUUUUCCGAGUAUCUCUCAUGUGAAAAUUCACAUAGACCUGAAUCUUGGAGAGGUUGUUUUCAUAUUUAUCUUCUUUCAUUUAUUAAACUAUUAAGAUUUUUUUUUGAUGGCAUGACAUUGAAAACCAGCAAUACAAAUUAAAUGUAUAAUGGAAUUUGUAAUAACUGUUAGUUAGUAAAACUUCACUUGAUUUUCAGAGAGAUGCUGCUUUUGCAGAAUUUUCUACUCAAGCUGAAGCGGCUGGGGUAGGCUGUUGAAUUGUAUUUGUGUGUAAAGUGUGUCUAAUUCACACUGAAUACUACCAUAUACCUUUUGUCUUAUUCUGUAAGAUUUCCAGUUAUUUUUACAUGACAUUUUAUCCUCUGCCAAUUAAGAUUUACCCUGCUAGCAGAGGUUCCUUUCUGGCAUUGUUUUUAGCCUGUACCAAGUCAUCGCUAGGUUGGCUUGUUUUAAUCACUGACAGAAACUCUGGGAUGUAGACAAGCCAGCCUACACAAAUGUCAGCAAAGUGAACAACUCCAUACAUGUUUGAAUGCUGGAAAGAAACCUCUACUCAGCUGGGUACUUAAUUUAUAUUUGUUUUGUCAGUGGCCAGUUACAAGGAGCCUUUUAAACACUACAUGUACUGUAUGGUGUAUAAUGUUUGGUUAUGUGAAUAAUAAUAAUGUCUUACUUACUUCAUAGGCUCUUUCUCAGUUACACCAGAUAGAAAUCCUUGGUAGUAGAUUAACUGUUGAGUAUGCCAAACCAUAUCAUGAACAUCUUGCUGCUCGACAGUGCAGUAGGUAAGCAGCCAUAGUUGAACCUCCUGUAAGCAACCACCCAAUAAUUAAAUUUAAAGGUUUAAUGGCCACUUACAAGAAUUAAAGAGGAUCUUUUCAGAGUGGAAAGAAAUAAAAAAAAGGAAAAGAAUAACAUUUAUUGCAUUCAAUUUCUAAGUCACCAUAUGAGUAGUUCCUUUUUGUCACUAAAAGGUCUUUGUGUACUCUAGUAUUGUAGCUUCACACAUACAGUGAACCAUAUGUUGAGUGGUCAUCUACAAGAGUUUAAAAACAAUGGAAAAUCAUAAAAAUGGUCGUCCCCACCCCCAUCCUGAAAAAAAAAAGGGAAAAAAUGAUAGCUAGUCGUUAUUAAGGGUUUCCAAUCAUAAGGACUUGACUAAGAAAGUUUGAUGAAGAAAAUGGCUGCUUAUAGAAGGUGGUCAUGUAUAAGAGGUGGUGGCACAUGGAAUUCAGUUGUGUUAGUCUUGACUGCAUUCAAAAGCACAGGCAUCCCAAGCACAAAUUAUGAGGGUCUAAUGUGAUUUACAUUCUGUGAUGCAAGUGCGUCGACUCUUUGGCUUUGUUGGGUUACCCCUGUAACUCAUAAGACAGAGUUAAGCUUGACUUCAUCUUGUUUAGGUUAUUGAACAGAAGGUAAAAUAUAAUGAUAUUUGUUGUUCACAGACCUUAGUAUUUUACUUCUCAUACAAUGUCUCAAUGAUCGCCUGAAACACAAUACCGACUCGCUCUCUUCCACCCUUGUAACAUGAGCUUGGGAUGCCUGUGCCAAAAGAUACUCUCUCAUAUGACAUCAUUUUUUCGUAAUCUUUUGCUUUUUAUUAUCAAAUGAGUAGUUGGAGUUACCCCACUUGAGGUUUACUUGUUUACUAGAUGCAGUUUUUCAAUGCUUUGCAAAAAAAACAAAACACAAUUUUUCAAAAUUCCUUCAUGAACAUGGCCAAGAAUGAAAUUUUGUUUAUGACUGAUGAAAUGUACCAGUAUUCGAAAGUUGCAACUGGAUUUUGAACUAAGAAUUUAGGAUCAACAGUGAGUUGCAUUAUUAAUGAUUUGGUCUUUUUUGGUAGAGUCUCCCCUCAAACAGAACUUGCUGAAAAUGGUAGGGAUGAAAAAGAAACUAGAAAACAAGAAUCAGAGCAAGGCAGUAAAGAAAAAGCGAAAUCUAACCCGCAAGGAAUGGCACCAGGCUUGGGGUAAGAGGAAAAUAGAAGUGAUAUUUUGAAGUAUAAUGUUUGAGAGUUAUUUUGUAUAUAAGGUGUUUAUUUUUAUCAUGAUUCUAGAACUAAGGUAUAUUAACCUUAGUGAUAAAGAAAAAGAACAAAAAUUUCAGACUGAAUUUUCCUUGGCUUCAAACCUUCCUGGAUUCAUACUCAGCAGGAGGAGGGAAGUCAAGGGAGGGAGGGGUUGGGUUAUAUUAAUGCCACUGUCACUAUAAUCCCCCCCCAAAAAAAAAAAAAAAAUAAAAUAAAAUAAAAUAAAAUCGACCACGGAAAAAAUUCCAACAUUUACGUGGAGAACUACACACAUUGUAUACCCAAAAUUGUUUAGCUAAUUAUUACCCUCUAAGAAGAAAAAAAAAAGAAAACCUGUACAUGGUAUACCUUAAACCCUGGAUAGCCUAGGCUUGAUUUCCAGCCGCUGUUCGGGAAAUGAGCCCGUGCUCCCUUCCUCUUUUCUCGGGGAGACCAAGAGAGCAGUGGAAAUCGAGCCUAUGGAUGGCCCUGUUGAUUAUUUUUAGUUUGUUCAGAGAAUUUUGUCUUUUUAUCUGGUUUUUGCUCCCUUAUGAGGAAAGAUGAUCUACCGCUGAACACUGAAGGGCUUCAUCAAUGCUAAUUUAUUAUUAUUUAAUAUCGUAAGGUUUAGCGAGGCUUAUUUAGCGAGUGCUUGGUGCCACAAACGUUCUUCAUUGUGUUCUUUGUAAAAGCGAGAUGAUGUUAAUUAUUUUGUCUUUAAAAUGAUAUGUCAUUAAGGAGCAGAGACAAUGAUUUCACAGCCAGCCCUUCCUCAUGUUGUAGAUUUCAGUACAGUUAAUUAAAGUUUUUAUUAAUUUUCAGAAUAAAUUAUGCUCCGAAUCCCAGCCUUCAUUAUGUCUACCCUCCUGUAAAUGCCACAAUUCUCACCAACAUUGCUCACACUUUGGCUUGUGUACCAAGAUUUUACAUUCAGGUGAAUAAGUAACAAUAUAUUUUUUUUUUAUCCUCUGUGAAGCAACUUGGAUAUGCAUUAUGUUUACGUUUUACAUUUAAUGAAGUGCUAAGUACUCUUCAUUUAUUAAACAGUACUAAACACUGUUAUAAUGCUGCUGAUGUCCGCACAGGUUUUGGAAAGGCUGCAACUAAAGUUGGUCAUUAGAGUUAUCACUGACCAUAUCAUUUUAACAUUUAAUGAAUGAAAAUCUGCCAUGAGCAGUUAAACAGAUCAGGACUUCCUUCCAAUGUUACGUACUUUUAAUGAUGUGAAAUAAUUAUUUGCAGUCAGGUGCCAAAAUGUCACUUAUGGUACUUAACAUGUAUACAUUACUUGAAAAAAUGCAUUAAAGUUUGCAAGUUUCAUUUAAUAUUGAAGUGGCACCUAGAAGGCCCUAAGUGACUUCAGCUAUGAUUUCAGAUUCUCCUUCACUUAAGAUAGACUAAACAAAUAUUUUUAUCAAGAGGUAAUAGUGAUGAUAUUACCUGGGGGGGACUCCCAUAUGAAACAGACGGAGAUGCUCAUCGGAAAUUUUGAAUUUAACCCCUAAAGGAGACCAUCUGGGCGUGGCUCAAGCUUUUUGUGACCUCUAAAGGAGACCAAUCUGGGCGUGGCUUAAGCAAAUUUUGACUCCUAAAAGAGACGGCUUAAAAACACACAAAUACGACAUGCAAUGAGUUUUAAUGAUAUAAAGACAUAAUCAUCGAAUGCUUUUAUCUAAUAGUAGUGUUUAAAAGCAUUGUCAUAAAUCUCAAGUUCUUUGCGGAACCCUAAACGAGACCUUGGCGGCUUAAAAUAUUGGUGCUUUGCCCGGAACACCCUAAGCGAGACCAAAAUCCAAACUUUACACCCCUAAGCGAGGGCACGAGCAUCCCGUCUGUUUCAUAUGGGAUUCCCCGGGUGAUAUUAUUUGCAGUCAGGUGCCAAAGUGUCACUUAUGGUACUUAACAUGUAUGCAUUACUUGAAAAAAUGCAUUAAAGUUUGCAAGUUUUAUUUAAUAUUGAAGUGGCACCUAGAAGGCCCUAAGUGACUUCAGCUAUGAUUUCAGAUUCUCCUUCACUUAAGAUAGACUAAACAAAUAUUUUUAUCGAGAGGUAAUAGUGAUAUUAUAGCAACAACAAAUUAGCAAUAUUGUUCCACUUCUUUGUAGGUUUUGCAUUUGAUGAAUAAAAUGAAUCUUCCAGCUCCAUUUGGUCAAGUUACCCCUACCCCACCAGUGGUAAGUCAGCCUAUGAAAAAGUCCAUGGGGACUAUUGAGAGGUUAAAAUUUACUCGUGUUGUGGAGGGGGACUUUGGGGUAUUGCAGUAUUGAGCUUUUUUUCAAGUGGUAUUUUGGUAAUUUUAAUUUUAAUUUGCAGUAUUGUAGUAUCCUUUUGGCUGAUGGUAUUUGGUAAAAGAAGACCUGUCAUGGUACUGCGGUACUGUUUAUUUGUGCUCUGAUCUCCUGUCUAAAGACAAUAUGCAACUCAAAACACAGUAAUUUUUAAAGCUUUGUAAAAACAGUCUGUUGUAAUUCAGUUGACGUAAUGGUAAAUGCACAAUUUCUGAUAGUUAAUUUUCAGUGAAAUUGUCAUACAUCCAAUGACCAGGUUUUUCUAUCGUUUUUCUGUCGUUGGAGGUCUUCUCAUGUUUUCUUGCAAUGGUUGAGCAGCUGGCCGAGGUUGAUUUCUAGUAUAUUUAUGCCCACCUACCCCUCCCCUAAGCCAACAUUAACAAUUAAUUCUCACUUAGGGCAAAAUGUUGGCUUAGGGGAGGGGUAGGUGGGCACUUUCCCAGAAACGUAUAAUGGUCCCAUGUAUGCUUGAGAUGAACAAAAUAUGAGAGAUGGAUACAACUUUAAGUAAGUGUGACUGAUCAUAAAUGCCAUAUCAGUAUUUCGUCAAUUUUUGACGUGGUUUUCAGUAUUAGCCAAUUUUUCUUGUAGUAUUGUGGUAUUGGGUAACCCCUCCCCUCCCCCCCCCCAUGUCCCCCUUGUUUUGGUGCAUGCAUCACAGGAAGCAGGGAAGGGGGGAGACGGCUGACUACAGACAGGAUAUGCUACAUGUAAGCCCUCUGUUUAAAGGACCAGAUGGAGUACAGCUCUCUGACAGUGAGUAAUCUGGUACACUCGGCCGAUUUCAAAUUACAAACCUCGAUUACUCCUGAAUUGUACAUUUACCAAUGAAUUGUAAAAGGGGGUCAAAGAAUGCCAAUUUAUUCAAUAAAUCUUGACCUCAAAAACUGUAAUUUGUCCUUGAAAGGUCGUUCCAUUUUGUUUCUCUGAAGUUGUAUGAACCAUGUAUGUCACUGUUUCAAGGCCAUGUCACUUUUCAGAAUUUUACCACUACAUGGACUUUUUCAUGAGACUUCAGCAAGUGUACUGUUUUCUUUAGUUCCACGCUUUCUAAAUUGAUAGUGUUUGAUGACUGUUGAAGUCUGAAAAGCUCAGCCUGGAAAACCUGCUCGCUCAUUAUUUUGUUAUUUGCUACUUGACAUUGAUACUCAUAGCUUUAUUUUCACUGGCUGUUUAACUGUCUGAUGUGACCUGUCUAAUUACAAGCUCCUGCUAAUCAUACAGGUCAAACUGGAUAGUUUUGGUAUUGCAGUAGCAUAAUUAAGCAAUAAAUAUGGGCUGUCAGGAACCAGAUCAAUCCGUUAAUCAGAUUCAAGCUUUUUUUCAUAAUGACACAAUUACCUGAUCUAUUUAAUCCUUCUCAUAUCUUCAAGUUAGGUGAGACAAUGGAGGAAACACAGAUUACAGCUCCAUCUUCAGAUGAUGACAGGUUUAUGUCAAGUGAUGAGUCAGAAAUUGAAAGCGAUGAAGAGGAAAGAGAAAAGAGGUAAACAGUGUUUGUUACACCACAAAACUCCUACCCUCCAUUGGGGGUGGGGGUGGGGGUGUGGGUGGAGGGGGAGAAGUCCCAUAUGGAAGGCAAUACCCAUGGAAAUGUUCAUUGAAACAUUACAGUUAAACCCCUAAAAUAGACCAUUCUGGGUAUGGCUCAAGCUUUAUUUGACCCCGUAAAGAGACUACUAAAACAGGCAAUAAAUUCUCAGUACCAAUGUAGUUAUUUAAAUUGUCCAAAUUAAAAGCUUUUGAAAUUGAGUGCUGUCACAUUUUCUCAGUAUUUGGUGUUCUUCUUGUACGUUGGAACCUUGGUAUAAUGAACCCCAGUAAUAGUAAACAGGGGCGGAUCCAGGAUUUUUUUUAGGAGGGGGUGCACUCGUCUCUUGCUGUACUUCAACACCAAUAAACCACAUAGUUUUUUUCUUUUUCCAGAAUACCAGUUGUAUUAGUUGUAUUAGAAAACCACAGGUCAUCUCAGGGGAGGGUGCGCACCCCCUGCACCCUCCCCCUAGAUCCGCCCCUGGUAAAAUAUGUGAGAAAGAACCUCAAUAUAAUGAAACCUCAAUUAGUGAACAAAGUUCGUGAGUCCUUUGGUUCUUUGUUACAUCGUGGUUCCACUGUGCUUUAUUUCUCUACACAUUACCUCAAACAAUAACUCUUAGCAUAUAAUGGACAUCCUCCUCUCUGUCAUAUGGUGGUUUCCUCAGUCUCCGACUUUUAUGUUCUUGUUUCUGAAAAAGUAAAAAACCUUGUAAUUUUCUCAGAGCUAAGGAAAGAGCCGAGCAUGCUCAGAGGAUGGCUGUCGCGAAGCCUGUCACCAGCUCCAAAAAGCGACACAAGGUGGCACUUCACCCAUCCCAGCCACCAACCAAGAAAAACAGAUCAGUGCCUUCAUCAAAACAUGUUCCUGUAGAAAAAGCCUUUGAACAGCCUUCUGGUCAGCCAAAGAAGAUAGAGUUCAAACUUACUGAGGCGAUUUCAAGCAUAUUUGAUGCUGGAGCAUCUAAUGAAAUGGAAGGUUAGAAUCUCUUUUAAUACAUGUUGGCACUGUUGGUGUGCAUAAGUGGUAUCUAUCUACAUAAGUGAUUCUUGCUAAGUAAAGUAAGUGUGACGUUAAAGCAAUCAAUAAUCAAUCAAUCAAUCAAUAUUGAUUCUCUAUUAAAAUUAUAUUAAAGAAAAAUGUUAUUUGCAUUACAAAUUUAAGAAGGGAGAACUGGGAAAAUUAAUUGAUUAGAUGGAGCUCAGAAGAUACAACUGAGUUAGCCACCAAUUCUCUUUUAAGUUCAUUUGAAUAAUAAUAAUAAUAAUAAUAAUAAUAAUAAUAAUAAUAAUAAUAAUAAUACAGAUUUUAGUUUUUCUUUAGUAUAUUUUUUAUUGAAUCUCUUUAUCAUCAGUUCCCAAUCCUCCAGAGACGACCGAAGGGUUUGGGAGAUUUGCGCCCACAGUGGAUACUGAUGACAACAAAGAGGAUGAGGAAGAGGAAGAAGAACUAAUCUCUGAGGAAAGCAAUGAAUUUAUAUCAUCUUCCGAAUUACGCAGGAACAGGAUCAGCAGCAAAGGUUCAUUUACUUUGAAUUGUUAUUGUAUUAACCUGAGAUCAGGCCCAAUUGUAGCGGUUGUCAUACGUUCUCUCUUUUCGUUUCGCCUUGCCCGCCAGAAUGUUAUUACCAGGCGAAACGAAAAUGGAGCCCAAUCUCAGGUUAUUAUCGUAUUUUCUCUAACAAGGGAAACUUCAUCUCUCUUUGUUCACCCGCAAACUUUCCUCGACGUGAACGAAAUUUUUGUGCAAUUUCACUGCUUGAGUUCUUAUCGAAACGACCUGUUUCCCUGCUCCCAUAUCCUCUCCAGCCAUGAAAGGUUGUGUUUUGUUGUCUCCCUUGGUAUUUUUGGGAGCAAAAAUGGCGUCAGUAUAUUCUCUUGGCUUUCCAUAAAUACCGUAGUUGCAAAAAAAAAAAAAAAAAAAAAUUGGACGUUUCACAUGGUUUGUACAAUGUUGACAAGGUCUUCAAUUUUAGCAGUCGUCUUGAACUUGAAUUUGGUUUAGGUCAUUGAAAAGUACUUCAUUUCUUUAUUAGGUCUUGAAAAGUCCUUGAAAUUCGCAACCUUGUCUACGCUACACACCAUUUUCUGUAAAAUUAGAUUAUUUUGCCAAGGAAAAUUUGACUCAUUCUCGGUGUGAGAACCUGUAAAAUUCAUGGGUAACCAGCGUGCAAAGAAAGUGGUGUCUGAUAGCCUGGGGCUAGUGGAUUCUGUUAUCGGGCCAGUGAAUUCUGUUCUUAACUUGCCUGAUCGGCAAAUGGUUUUUUGGGGGGAAUUCAAAUUACAGAAGAACUGUAAUCAAUCCUGCUCAUCAUUUUUUUUUUCAGGCUAGUUGAAAUGACGUUCGGGCUAGUACAUGCUAGGUACUUGAAAACUGUGAUUUGUCCUUGAAAAAUCCUUGAAAAGUCCUUGAAAUUUGUUUGCCUGAAGUUGUACGAACCUCAGUUUCAUUUUGUACCUUUGAUUUUCGGACACCUCUUCUCUUAUUUUGGCCAAAACUUUCGGACGUUUUGCUGAAAUAUACCUGAAGUAAAUUAACGCCUACAAAUCGUGAAUUAUGCUGAAGCAUAAAAAUGAUAGUUUUAGUGUACCUUCAGUGUUUUACAGAUAUACUGAAGAGAAAAUUUAAAAGCGAAAUGCUAUCAAGCUCAUGUUUCAAGCAUUGUCUCAACUAGAGUUCCAGUCUAAAAGGGAUAUUAGAGGCUUUUAGCUCAAAGUUCUCAUCAGUGCAAAAUGGUGAUGAAGAGUAAAACGCCUGAGAAACGCCUUAUCCGAAUUCUACCUAGAUAUUUACAGUCGACUCCCGAUAACUCGAACCUUCAAGGGAAAUGGAAAAAAGUUCGAGUUAUCGGGAGUUCGAAGCUUAUACUAGAAAAAAGGAAACGGGAUGGGGGAGAAAUGCAAAUAUCAUGCUCACUUCACUUCAAGGGCAGCAAGAUAUAUAAUGCUAUUUUGAAAAAGGAAUUAAACAACAAAGCUUGAUUAGUCAAUGCAGAACUAAACAUUGUAUUUAAAUUGGACUGAAACAAAAAGUAAAGUUAGUUUGAAAUAAAUUCAAUGUUUUGAACUGCAGUUCACUACUUUAUUUCGACUUGUCACGUGCGUAAAACAAGGUUUGAGUUAUCCAGGGUAAAAUUGUAUAGAAAUAAUCGGGAGGGAAACAAAAAUUACCUCGAGUUAGCGCGAGGUUCGAUUUAUCGGGAGUCGACUGUAUGUAUGUUGACCUUGAUGUCUGAUGGCGUUGUCCAAGAAAGUGUUUUUUACACGGUACCGUUAAAAUGUCGGAUGAUCAGUUAAUUCGGUCACAGUUUUUGUCCAAAAAUAAUGCUUCAUAGGAAAAUCCUCCGAGAAUGUAAUUCGUAACCAUUUUUUUCUCUUUUUUAACAGAAAUGGCCGAUAUAUCUGCCUUUAAGAAUUACAAACCUGGAGACCCUACGUGCAGACUGUACAUCAAGAACUUAGCAAAACAUGUCGAGGAAAAGGUAAAUGAUGGGUUGCACAGAACAAAUAAUGUUUACAACAGCGCACGUUGUUCUUGCUUAGGAAAACGUCUGUUUUAUUUUGAUUCUUGGUGCGCGCGAUUCGAAAACUGAAGAUUUAGUAAAAUCAUUUCCCCAAAGUUUUGAUGAGAAUUAUCUGUAUAUAUGUUUUUUUUUCUAGUUUAAGGUUUUAGAAAACAUUUCAGGGAAUUUUUGCCGAACAUCAUUGUCACUGGACUAAGCCAAUGGUCACUAAUUUUCGAAAUUUUACAAGUAAAUGACCAACUGAUUAAGGUUGUAGUUUUUCUUCCUUUAAUCCCUCGAGGAGUUAAAUUUAAAAGAAGUGGCCCAAACUGCUGUGCACCAUUUCUUCACGGAAAGACUGAAAUAGCAGCGAAAAAAAAGGGUGACGUAAUUCUCUAUGGCUUUGGCCUUCGGAAGUUCCCUAGCUUUUAUGCUAAUUGAGCUAAAUCUAUUCACCAUAGCAACCUAAGGAAAUCUAAAGCAUUUAAAAAGUAAAACCAAAUUUUGAUUCGUGUAGGAAGACCUAGUAUUUAUUGAACACCGAAAUUCUUAUAUUUUGCCUUGUUAGAACGUGAGAUAACACGUCCUAUUUCAGUCUUUGCUGAUUGAAGAAAUGUUUUAGGGUUCUGGAAAUUUCUGUGUCUGCUGUUGAGAACGAAACGUAAUGAAUAAUCAAUUUACUAAUGAGCCUUUAACUCAAAAAGAUCAAUACCCAGUAAAGUUUACUUUCCUGCAUCACGCAACAGCGUUUUAAAACAGCACCCCUCUAUAGUUCAGUUCUGACCUAGACCAACACCCUUUUCUCUGCUAGAUAUAUCUUCGUGUUACUUUUGGCUAAUUUUGCUAAAUAAGAACCGUAAGGGAGUUACGAAUUUCUCCUUUCGUGACUCAGAGAAUAAAAUGACCCUCUUAAGUUGACGACAUCUUGUUCCAUAUUUGACGUUGGUUUGUUCUCCCUGAAAAAUAUUUACGUGUUUUAAGAAUAGUUAUUUCUACUUUUCAACCAUCAAACUUAGGAACCUUAUGGUCUACCACGACUUUGUUGACUUAAGUCUUCCCUUUUAGGGACUUGUCAGAAAUUAGCAGUGGGGGAGGGAAUUUUAAAUUUGGUUUCGGAAAUGAGGUGACCCAUCCCUGCAAUGGGAGUGAAAUUUGCUAACCCUCCCCUUGACCUUGGCCUAAAAUAUCAUGACCCUCCCCCUCUUGUAUAAAUGAUAAAAUCUUGUUCUUGCAAUACGCUAGGGUGAGUCAGUAUUAUGAAAGCUCAAAAUAUAUUUCUAAUCAGUUCUUUGUAAUGCCAUAUACGUACAUUUCAGAUGACAGCAGUAAGAGUCCGACUCUGAUUCUGACAGCUGAUCACUCGAUUCUCCUAUUUCUCCCAGGUUUUUUUUUUCACAAAAUAAAGAACUUCUUUUUUCUUCUGUGGGUGAACAUCUACAUGAUCACGGACACAUAUUUACAUGACCCUCCCCCUUCUAACGGCCCAUGACCCCUCCCUUUUCUGCAGUCUCAAAAAGUUGUGACCCUCCCUCUGUUUCCACCCCCCCCCCCCUGCUAAUUUCUGACAAGUCCCUUAAGAUCUCCACUAAUUAAGAGUUUGAGUGUGACGGCCUCCUGGUGAAGAAAAGCUAAAAGUUUCUCCAAUAUCAUUAAAGAAAUGAUAUGUCGAGCUAUUCCUCACAGACAGACGCUUCAUCCUCCAACUUCAUCAUCACCAUUAUCAUCGUAAUCACUACCACCUUCAACACCACCAUCAUCAUCAUCGCCGCCGCCACCGCCACCGCCACCUCCACCACUAUCUUUUAUACCUUUCCCUUCAGAUUGCAAGCCGUGUUGCUUCCAUGAUCUGUUUGGGCUGAAACUCUUUUUUCACGGACUAAAUUUUUCGUACGCUCCAAUUCAGUUUGUCUGACUUUGUUACAUGGCUAUUUCUCUUAUUUAGGACCUCAAGUACAUAUUUGGUCGGUAUGUUAAUCACAGUGUUGAGGAAGAGAGAGACAGGUUUGUCAGACUGGAUUUAUAACGGAAUGACUGACUUGAACAAUGUCAAUUCAUCUUUAAUGUUUCAAAAUGGCGGUAAAACUGCUUUUCCUUUUUAUAUACAACUAUUUCGCGAAAGGUUGUCGGAAAAAGUGCAGACGACAAUCCCGAAGGGUUUUGCGAGUGGUUUUGAGUUCACUGUUCUUUAAAGAAAUUUGAGAGGCCAUAGACGUAUGUUUGCAAGUGCUAAAGGAAAGCAGCAAAAGUGGGUUCGACGGCUAUAGUGUAUUGAUCAUAUCCCAUAUUUCCUUUUGGGAUUGUCGCGUGCACAUUUUAUCGGACAACCUUUCUCGAAAUAGCUGUAUGUAGCCCUCGGAGCCUCGAUUGCUUCUGCCGAUUUCAAAGCAAUUUUACCUUGUUACUAUAAUAUAACUGAUUGAAAUGGAACAACAAAUAAUGCCCAUAUGUCAUUCCCACUGAUAAGUCCAUUCAAACGAAUCCUCUUUCGCAGUUUUUUCAGGUUCUCAAAGGAUAAUAACUGUUUUUCAAGUGUUGUACAAUUUUAAUGUAGAAGUUUGUGCAAUCUUUAGAGUGAAAAGGAUAAAUAAAAUCCUUUCUCAACAUCCUGGCAGGACUUAAAAUCUGACAUCCCGUGAGCAGAGCUUUGAGGACAUUUUGCUGGAAUCCGAUGUUGUUGUUCUUAUCAAUUUUAGAUUUGACGUUCGUCUUAUGAAGGAAGGUCGGAUGAAGGGUCAAGCGUUCAUAACUUUACCAAGUGAAGAAAAAGCUAAGAGAGCUCUGAGAGACGCUCAUGGCUACAUUCUACAUGGAAAACCUAUGGUUAUCGUAUCCUUGAAUGUUGGAUAUUUAUAAAUGAUCUAAAGAAUUUUCAUAAUUACUUGCUCAGAGUACAUUAUAAUGAGAUGUGUAAAGCGGAAAAACAACAGACGGGAACAAGUCAAACUCGGAGCAAACGCAUCUAGUUGGCGAGAAGCGCGGGAAAGUGUGUUUAGCAGCGGCACGUGCUUCUGCUUGGUGAAUUUUGCGGUAUUUUUCAGUCAAUCACACGGUGUAAUAAUUCAAAACUUUUAGGUGUAAUUCGCAGUUUGCAUAUCUCCCAUAAUAGACCUUGUUUGCCCCCCCCCCACCCCCCCCCCCCCCGAAAAAAAAUCGUAAGCAUUUUCUUCAAAAAGAACGAUUGUGUAAACCGAGGACGGGAAACCUGUGGUAGCUACACAAGUCUGGUUUUGUUGUGACUUCCCAUUGAGAAAAUAAGUGUCAUGUCGCAAGGUUGGGAUAUGGAAAAAGAUUAUUCUUCAAGGGGAUUCGAACCCCUGACCUCAGGGGUACCGGUCGGUUUCCCUAGCCACUGAAACGCGGAGAUAAUCAUCGUCACCAUUCGGGGACACCUCCCAUACCAGGCCUUUGCAUUCUUCGAGAUAGUUCCAAGCGCACCAGUCACGAUGGGUAUUAUUGUCACUCUCGUGUCUCUGUGGAUUCUUUUAAUUUCGAGAGCUAUUGUAGGUCUUGAUACGUUUCCACCUUUUCCUCCUCAGUAGUAAGGAUAUCACAGCAAUGUGAUAGUAAGGAUAUUUUGGGCCGCUGGCACAGCAAUGUUGAUUAUUGUCAAUUUAUCGAUUAUUGUUAUUAUUAUUGCAUUCCUUAACUUUUAUUCCCAGCAAUUCGCACGAUCAGCCAAGGCAAAAGAUUAGACAUUCACCGACAGAUAAUAAGAAUUCACCUGAAGAUCAAAGUCAAGCUGAGUUUAGCUGAACUCACUGCACAAGAGGCGUUUUUUCUUGUCAGUGUACCUUGUGAAUUAUCCUACCCUGAUAAAAUAAACAUUUCUUUGCGUAGGGAUAAAAUAAACACUUGCGCCCAGAGGCUUCCUCCGCUCCCGACGACGGACAUAGAGGAAAUUGCGGUUAUCACAAAGCGGCUGUUUGAUAAAUAUUGGUGUUCUUUUUAAUAUGUAGAAAAUAUCGAAACGUUUUCCAUACAAGAGGAAUUCAUAUGUUGCCCCCUCUGAAAUUUUUGGGGGAAGCGGAGGAAAACGUUUCACGCGAAACCUCGCACAUCGCAUUAUUUCCAUUGGUCUGGCUGGCACCAGUACUUGACAACACUGUACAAACUGUUGGGAACAGUUUCCGAAGAAGCUCUUUUUUCCAUCGGAAACUUAAGUUUCAAGAGACGAUGAUUUUGUAAGAGGCCGUUAAGAUUUGUACCGGCUGGAAAUAAGUGAGGAAUCAGCGUCGUUUUCUACAAACGAUCGACUUGGAAAUUAAAAAACAUUUUAUGAAACUUUCUUUUGCGUGAAUUAUGUCCAUUUUCACUUAACCAUUGAAACAGUAUCUAACAAGUUAG